AAAUAGAGGAUUAUUAGUCCAAGAUAUCCAUAUACUGACUUUUAGUUGGUUUUUUAUGUGUCUAUUCAAGCUCAUUACAUUGGCAAAACAGUGGUCGCUAUACCAUUUUUCUUCAGUUAUAGAGACCUGUUGCUUGAGAUUCCAAGUACUGAGUGAGAGAGAAACAAGACCAAGAGAAUCAAUCACUUUGAGCAGGUUAUUUGGGGAUCUUGUUCUGUCCACAGACACUGUCAAAGCCCAAAAUGGAUUAUUCUCCAAUCACUUAAGAGAGAAGUUGGUCAAUCAAUACUACUACUAUAACGAUGGAAAAAGAUCAAGAACAGAGGCAUGUAUGCAAGUUCUGUAACAGGAGUUUCUUGAAUGGAAAGGUCUUGGGAGGUCAUAUGAGGUGUCAUGUAGCUAAAAAUUCAACGAAGACGGAGAAAAAGCUUAACAACCACCCAGAUAUGGAAGGUGGUGAACGCGUUGGUUAUGGCCUAAGAGUCAACCCCAAAAAGUCUUGCAAAGUUUCAGGCUCGACCCAAGAAACUUCAGAGCAAGAAAUCAUCUGCCAAGUUUGUGAUAAAGGGUUCGAUUCUUUGAGAGCCUUGUUUGGUCACAUGAGGCAUCACUCGGGUAAGAGAAGGAAAAUGGUUUCGUGCAAAGAAUGUGGGAAAGAGUUCGAGUCAUUGAGGGCUGUUACUGGUCACAUGAAGAGUCACUCCGAAAGGUUUAGGGUCUCCAUUGAAUCGAGUGAUGUACCAAGUGAGAAGCCUUUUGGGGAUAGUCAACAUAGUGGUGGAACCUCUGGACUGGUUCGAAGAAAAAGAUCGCGAAGAUUGAGGUAUAAUACUAAUAAGAUCACUCCAAAUUCUUCUGUUUCUAAUUUGAGCGAAUCUUCUUAUGAUACUGAGUAUGAUCAACAAGAAAUAGAGGAGGUUGCUAUUUGCUUGUUGAUGCUGUCUAGAGGGGUUCGAAAUUGGGAUGGAUUUACUUCACUUACUGAGUCUUCUGAUAACAUUUCUUCAGCUCUUGAGGUUAAGUCUCCUAACCCAAGUAAGCAAAUUCUGGACAAUGGUGUUGAUGGGUCUCUCAAGAUGAAAAAGCCAAGGCUGGAAAAGUCUGAGUUUUGCUUUGCAGAUUACAACAAUUAUUUCCUUGAUGACAAGAAAGUAUCUGAGUUUAGUGAAUUCAAUUUUGGGUCUGCAAGUAGUGAAGAAAAGAUAGUGAACUUUGAUGAUCGAUCUGCAUUAGCUCUGGUUGAUGCUGCUGAGAUUGAGAAAGAAGGUAUUGACAAGAUGAGUAUCAUCUCCAUUGAAAUGGAACUGGAAGAAGAAGGAGAAGAAGAAGAAGAAGUGGGUUUGGAUCUAGGUACUGGUUUUGGAUCACGGAAGUCUAGUUUGAGUGAGAAAACCAAGUUUGAUUACAAUUCUGGGUCUGAAAUGUUAGACAAUUCUCCCAAGAAAAGUGGCUAUAAGUGCAGGACCUGCAACAAGAUUUUCUACUCUCACCAGGCACUUGGGGGCCACCAAACUGUUCACAGAACACCCAAAAACUGCUCCACAUUGCAGAUUUACAACCGCCAUACUGUCACUCAGUGUGAAGAUUUUCCUGGAAAUGAAGCUAAUGGCAACUCUAGCAAAACUGAUUGCAAUGAGGUGUCAUUGGAGCUGGAGGUGGAUAAUAGAGUAAGUACCAUGACAAGUUAUGAGAUUAAGGAGCACAAAUGUCCCAUUUGUUUCAAGAUUUUUGGUUCAGGCCAAGCUUUGGGGGGUCAUAAGAGGGCUCAUAUCGUUAAAGAUUCUGAGACUGGACCAGAACCGAUCACUAUAUUGAAGCAUUCUAUCUGUGGUGUCUCAGAUGUACUUAAUGGUGUUCCAAUGACACCUGAGGAUGAGGCCAACACUGAGGUUGACCUCAAGUCAUGGUGGGUCAAAAACGGCCAAAAGCAUGAAUUGCUGGUAGGUUUAAUACCCAACUGAGACAUAUUCAUUCUUUCUACAGUUUCUUUGGAGUUUUUUUAACUGAAUUUUUUUUUCUGGUUUGGGGAUAUAUUCAUACAGAAAGAAAGCUUCCAUUUGUGCU